AUGUUGCGAUCAUGUGAAAAAUUCGACUAUCCACUUGCUCUUCCUGGUCCUCAUCCGAUGGAAACAACUCCUAGUCUACAGCACUAAUCUAUUCAGGAGACUGUUGACGAGUUUGAGACGCCAAAAACCUCCAUGGAAAAAGGUGGCACUGUUUCUGCUGAGGCUACGAUAGAGGCAGCCAUGCAACGUAUGGGGCUUACUGAGAAGAAACCGCAUUCUGUCGACUGCAACGAUGAAGAAUGUGCACCUGGCUGCCCACAUAUGGAAAUGAUUAUGCUGAUGAUUGACACGGUGACAGUUCCGGAUUUCCUAGAGAACAUCGCAUACAGUGAUCCAGCUCUCUACACCAAACUUGCCAACAGCAUGUUCUCAUAA